CUCUCUCUACCUUUCUAUUAUUUUUUUAAUUUCUUCCUUUAACAAAAGUUUUGCAUUUCCAGCCACUUUUUCCCCAUGGAGUUGGAAAGCGUACUUCAAUUUCUGGAGAAUAAGGCCAUUUUAAUCACUGGAGCCACUGGCUUUCUUGGAAAGAUGUUGGUGGAGAAAGUACUGAGAGUUCAGCCCAACGUGAAGAAACUCUAUCUUCUAAUAAGAGCUUCAGACAACGACUUUGCCUACCAACGAAUGCAUACUGAGAUUAUAGGAAAGGAGUUGUUUAGGGUUCUAAGGGAAAGAUGGGACACGGAAUUCGAGUCCUUUGUAUCAGAAAAGAUGGCUGCUGUUUCUGGAGACAUUUCUUUCGAAAACCUGGGUCUGGAUGCAAACGAUGAGGAAAAGUUGUGGAAAGAAAUAGAUAUUAUAAUAAAUUCUGCAGCCACCACUAGAUUUGAUGGAAGAUAUGAUGUUGCAUUGGAUAUCAACACCUUGGGAGUUCUACAUGUGCUUGGCUUUGCCAAGAAAUGUACCAAAUUAAGGAUGCUAGUCCAUAUAUCUACAGCUUAUGUGUGCGGGGAAAGGGACGGGGUCAUACAAGAGGAUACAAUUUUUUGCACGGGCAAAACCAUUAAGUCAACCUCUAAAUUGGAUAUCAAGGAAGAACAGAAAUUGGUGGCAGAGAAAUUGCAGGAAUUACGAAACCAAAAUGCUUCAGAAGAUACAAUUACAACUAUCAUGAAAGAAUUUGGCAUCAAAAGGGCGAAAUUGUUUGGAUGGCCAAAUACAUAUGUGUUUACCAAGGCAAUGGGGGAAUUAUGUGUUAAGGUCUCCAAAGAAAAUUUGCCACUAAUCAUCAUUCGUCCAACUGUUGUUACAAGCACUUACAAAGAACCUUUUCCUGGUUGGAUGGAAGGUUUCAGAACCAUUGAUAGUAUAGUAGUUGGCCAUGGUAAAGGGAAGGUUAAAUGCUUCCUCGCUAAUCCCAUGUCAAUAGCAGAUCUGAUUCCAGGUGACAUGGUGGUGAAUUCUAUAAUUGUGGCGAUGGCAAGGCAUGCAAAUCAAUGUUGUGAGAUCAUAUAUCAUAUUGGAUCGUCCAUGAGAAAUCCUAUAAGAAUGUCUAAUAUUCGAAAUUUUAGCUUGCAAUACUUCACCAAAAAUCCAUUGACAAACAAGAAGGGAAAGCUAAUCAAAGUUGGAAACUGUAUAUUUUUUAGCAAUGUGGCUGUUUUCCAGGCCUACAUGGUCAUCCGUUUCAAACUACCUUUAAAGAUACUAAAAUUGGGGAACAUAGCAUCUUGCCACCAUUUUCCUGAUGUGCACACCGACAAUAAUCGGAAACUCAAAUUAAUGAUGCGUUUGAUACAGCUCUACAAACCCUAUGCGCUAUUCAAUGGGAUUUUUGAUGACAGUAACUCAGAGAAUCUACGACAAAAACUGAGGGAGAUCAGUGGCAAGGAAAUGGAAACGUUGAAUUUUGAUCCAAAGUGCAUUGACUGGGAAGACUACAUGAUCAAUACUCAUUUUCCUGGCCUUGUAAAAUAUGUCAUUAAAUAACAAUUAGUUCUUGUCUAUCUAUUACUGAUGUAUUCAAAUAUCUCAAAUCCAUAUAUAUACCGUGUGUUUCUCAAACAAUGAUCAUGAACUUGAAUCUAUG